AUGGAUCCUAACAAACCAGAUUUUUCUAAUUAUUUUUCUGAUUUGGGUGAUGAUUUUGUCACUAACCCUCGAUUUCAAACCUUCCUUCAACGAAUAGCUACUCAAUAUCCACCGCAACAAACACCUCCUCAAUUUCCACCACAACAAACACCUCCUCAAUUUCCACCACCACAUUCACCUCCUGUUUAUCAAGGGAGCAAUUCUCAAUAUGAAGAUGAAAUGGAAGAAAGUGUUCCAGAUACUCCACAAUACCCUCCACCUCCUCCAAGAGUGUCUGUCAAUCAAAACCAACCACUUACAAAAGGGAGUCGAAUGUGGUCUGUUGCGGAGGAUGAAACUCUUAUUGGUUUGUAUCUGCAAUUCAGUGAAGAUGCAAUUGUUGGUACAAACCAAAAAGCAUCUGUGCUUUGGAGAAAAAUUUCAGCGGCAUAUGAUGAAGCGCAGGCUGAGAAACCUCACAUUCUACCACCAAGACCUUUGAGGAGUUUGGAAAGUCGUUGGAGAAGGAUGGCAGCUGAUUUAAUACAAUGGAGUAGCUGCUAUGACGAAGCAGGAAGGGUUACAGGAAGUGGCUACAACGAAGCAGAUCGAAUUAAUAACGCCAGUAAGUUAUUCUAUGCUUCCUCCAAGCCUACUCAACAUAAUUUUAAUUGUCACCAUGGUUGGGAAAUGGUUAAAAAUGACCCAAAGUGGAGGACAAAACUUAGGUGGGCGUUGUCAAGAGAGGAAAGAUUAGCUGUAGGUGAUGCCGUCGAAGAUGAUAGUAGUGGCAGUGAUAAGCGAUGUAGAACCGUAGAGGAAGGUGAUACACCAUCCACGGGUUUCUGCUCUGGAGGUCUUCCUCGACCCGAUGGUGUUAAAAAGGCAAAGGCCAAGCGUAAUAAGGGAAAAAAGUGGCUUCUGAUUCUUCAACCAUUGGUGAGCAAAUGA